AUGUCGUACAUAAACUACAAACCAAUAUCCCACGCAAUUCGUGUAUUAAGGCUGUACAGAGCAGCCAUUAAGAACCUCCAGUCCUAUUACUUGACGGACAGAUCCCCGAGUUGCCAGAAUGCUCCUUUUCAAAGGAGAAGCCGAACUCGAGUCAAAGAUAUAUUGGACACGUGGCAUCCUUUUGAGAAGGCCCGAUACCCUAAGUACUUUGCUUUGAGAGAAAAACGAAAACACGAAAUUGUUGAGAAUGCACGAGCCCAGAGAACUGGAUAUUAA